AGUCGCGGCUGCUGAGUGCUGACUGCUAACUGCUGACUGCUGAACAUUGUUUUGUAUUUUGCGUGUAUGUACUCAUGAGUUUGACGGUUAUGUGGAUUGGGGGUACCACAUAGAUAUGUUAUCAUAAGAUCAUCAAAUACAAUAUUUUCGAAGAUAAACGAUUACACCGCUACUUUUUUAUCAUUUUUAUCUGUUUAUCUGCUAUUUUGAAAAUAUACUCAAGAUAAUAAAGUAAAAUGUCAUUGGGCAAUGAAUAUUCAAGCCAUGAAAAUUUUUCAGCUAAAAGUCAAAUGAAAAAUAGUCAUGCCCCUUUAGCAGAGCGAAUGAGACCAAAUGAAUUGGAUGACUAUGUCGGUCAAUCUCAUUUAAUAGGCCCUAAUACUUUACUUUGUAAUUUAUUAAAAAAUGAAGAAAUUCCAAACAUGAUUUUAUGGGGACCUCCAGGUUGUGGAAAGACUUCUUUGGUAAAUGUCAUAAUGAAACAAAGCAAGACAUUUUCUAAGUAUCCAGUAAAAUUUAUCAAGUUUGCUGCCACUACGGCAGGUAUCAAUGAUGUAAAAAAAAUAAUAUUAGAUGCUGAAUCUUAUCUAAAAAAAGGUGGAAAAACUGUGGUUUUCAUGGAUGAGAUUCAUAGAUUCAAUAAACUGCAACAAGAUGUGUUUUUGCCUCAUGUAGAAGAAGGAACGUUUAUACUUAUUGGUGCCACUACAGAAAAUCCAUCUUCUAAUUUAAAUUCAGCACUGUUGAGUAGAUGCAGAGUUUUUGUCCUUAACAAAUUGACAAAAAAUGAUUUACUUCCCUUAUUGUCAAAGGCAGUUGAAAAACUAGGUGGCAAAGUAAUAUUGAAAAAAAAUAAAUAUGAGCAGUUUGGCACAAUCAGAUUUUUAAUUCAUAAAGAUAUUCUUGAUUGGUUGUCAGAAGUAUGCGAUGGAGACGCAAGAGUUGCCCUUGGAGGUUUGGAUACCACAGUAUCUCUUAAAGUUCCUAAAAAUGUUGAAGUUAAUGCAAAACCAAUUACAAUAAAUUCUAAUGACAUAAAAAAAAGUCUAGAGAAAAUUCAAAACUUUAAUGGUAAACAAACAGAUCAAAUGAAUUAUUUACAUAAUGCAUUACACCACAGUAUUAAAGAUAAUCAAGAGAUGCCAGCUUUAUACUGGUUAGCAAGAUUAAUUCAAGACGGUGAAGAUCCAGUUAAUAUUGCCAGACGUUUAGUGAGAAUAGCAGGAGAGGAUAUUGGUCUUUGUGAUGAAGAGGCUUUGAGUAUGUCUUUAAAUACUGUUAGAGCUUGUCAAUUGAUUGGUUUACCCGAAAGCGAUGUAAUUUUAGCACAGUGUGUGGUUUAUUUAACAAGAGCAAAAAAGUCUGAGAAAAUAGAAGGGGCAUUUUUCAAAUGUCAAAAUAAAAUUGAAAACCAUGUAGGACCGCAGCCUAAGGUUCCACUAUUUAUAAAAGAUACAUCAGGCCAAGGAAAACUAAGAUCUGUGCUUGGUAAGGGUUAUCAAGAAAUAAAAACUCUUGAAAAUCUGAAUAAAAACCAUUUACCUCAAGGCCUUGAGGAUGUUGAUUUUUUUGUUUAAUACUGAUUGAAUAUUUAUCAUGUA